GGAGAAGGCAGAAAGCUCGGGACUCAGCUAGAGUGAGAGCCCGGCGUGAAUGAAACGCCGCGCGUCAACCAAUUGGCCCAGCAGACGCCCACCACCGCCAGCUGCAAUUUAAUUGAGUUGAGCAGUUUCAUUCAAGGCAGCGCAAGAACCCGUUUUCAAACUAACUAUGGAGACCGGGGCUACUCAGUCCGGGAACUACAAACCCGCCAGCGGGCAAAAAAUUAAGGGUCGUGCUCCCCAACCACCAAAGCAACCUCCCAUUGCUCGUGAUGUUAAGGAACAUAAAGUAAUCCCAACCCUAGGAAUGUGGUCAAAUCAGAAUAUCUUAACUGUGAAGGGAAAUCAGAUUAAAACCACAGUGGAAAUUCUGGUAGUUUUUCCAAAUGGAGAAGAACAGAAACAUACUAUACAUGGGAGCAAACCUGUGAUGGAUCUGUUUGUAGAGUUGUGCAGCCAGUACCACUUAAACCCAGCAAUUUAUACUUUUGAAUUGAAGUCUGGGGAGACCCAACAAUCUUUGAGUUACAAGCCAAAUACUUUGAUAGGGACAUUAGAGGUACAGAAGAUACUUCUAAAAUUGAAGGUUCCUGAAGAAAAAAAAUUCAAGCGGCCUCCACCAAAGAUUCCUGAGAAAACUGUGAGACUGGUAGUAAAUUAUCUGAAGACACAAAAGACAGUAGUUCGAGUGAAUCCUGAAGUUCCUCUUCAGAAUAUAAUCCCAAUCAUUUGCGAAAAGUGUGAAGUUAGUCAGGAAUGCAUUGUUCUCUUAAAAGAUAAUUUCACUGGAGAAAAACUGGAAUUGACAAAGUCAUUGAAUGACCUAGGGAUAAAGGAGCUUUAUGUCUGCGACAAUACACAAGCUCCUCCAUCAAAAACUCACUCUGAACCUACUGUGAAUUAUAGAGAAACAAGCCUAUCAUCUGGUUAUGACAUAUCAGUAAAAGAAAAGAAAGGAUUUCUUGGAUUUUUUAGGACAAGUAAGAAAAACAAGUUUCAGGCAGAGAAAUCCUCAAGAAGAAGCCUAGAUCUGGGUAGUGGAGAAUUUUUAAAAUCCACAUUUCGUAAACAAAGCCUUGAUGAAACAAUGAUCGCAGAUUCUUCACGAAAUUUAUGUUCUGUAAUGGUGACACCGUCAUUAUCGCAUGGAAGUUCACAAGGGGCAACUGCAAAAGUUGAAAUGAAGAAGCGGAGAGCACCACCCGUACCAGUAAUACCACCCUUUUCUGGUGGGAAAGCCGAGAGAGAAGAAAAAAUGCCAAGUCCGUUGCCUCAAAGUUCAUUGCAACAUGAAAUAAAAAAGAAAAAGAGACCUGCUCCUCCUCCACCAACUUAUAAAACGUUGAACAGAUUUGAAGAAAAUAAAAGACAAAGUACAAUUGGUAAUGAACAGCAAGUGCCUCAAAAGCCUCCUAGAGGCAAUAUACGAGAUCCACCCCAGUUAGUGAUCCCCCCACCCCCAUCAUACCCUCCUCCUCCUGACAAAGAUACCUUGGACCCAGCUGCAUUGUACAAUGAAGCAGAUGUUACAGACCCAACCCAGUUGGUAUCUAAAAGAAAUGUUCAACUUUCACAUACUUAUAAAGAAGACACUAUAGAAGAAACCAACUCUUUCAGCAGUUGUCCAAAAUGUAAUAAAACUACUAAUUUAUUCCCUGUUAUUGUAUCACGGGCUUUUCAAAAUGAUGGCAUAAAUUCAAGAAACAAAUCUAUUGUUGAGAAGACCUCGGCUGAAAUACAUCCCAUAUUGUUUGCAAAAGGAUGUUCUGUAAAUAAUGCUUCCUUUAAAAAUGAUAAAUCUGAGAAUAUUAAACAAAGGGCUGAUGGCAGAAUGAUGGAAACCAAAAUUGAGAAUACUGAUAAGUUUAUGGUUGCUGGUGUGCAAAAGGUUCAACUUGCACGAGACAAAAGCCUGGCAGUGACGGAAAAUAUACGUAAUGAUCCUAAAAGCCAAUCGGUUGUCUUUGAGAUGAAAGGUGCAUCCAGCCCACUGCCACAAAAAGCUGAGAAUCCUUCUGAUGUUUCAUUUCCUGUGCCAGUGACAAUUAUUGAUGAAUUUCCAGAAAAUAAUACCAUUACUCAUUCCAAUAAAGAAGAAGAAAAAGAUUUGUUUUCUACGAUAGAAACUAGUGAAAAUACUCCAGUUAAAUUGACUGAUCUAGUUAAAUUUUUUGACACAAAUAAAAAUAUUGAAACUGUAAGUAAGAAAUGUGUAGGAACAUCUUCCUAUUCACCUAAGAAUUUGUCACAAAAAUUUUCAACAGGAAAUAUUUAUGAAAAUGUCAUUGAUGAACUUAAUAAAUCUCAUCCAAAAUUGAAAGCAUUAUCAGCAAAAAACUCUGAUGAAGAAGAAUCUGACCCAACACAAUUUCCAUGGCGACGUAGUAGUAAUAAUAGAAGUAAAAUCUAUCGUUCUAAAACUGGCUUGACAACUUUUACAGUAGUUCCUCCCAAACCCAAAAUGAGAGAUGUUAAUAGAAAUCAGUCUCCUUAUACUGGUGCCAUUAAAAUAGACGAGUUAGGUAACCUAGUGAAACCUAAUGAUGGUCAUGCUAGAAAAAUUAUAGUAGAUGCAUCCUCCAAAGUAAAUGUUUUUGGCGGAGAUAAAGAAUGCAAGAGGUCAAAUACUACGGAAAAGCAAACUGAAGGAUUACCGUUAGACCAUUCUAUUGAAACAGAGAUCACCAUUAAUUCAAAACAACCUAAUAAAAUGUCCAUAACUGAACCUGAUUGUAUUAGGAAAACAACUUGGCCAAUAGUUGGUUCCCAUUCUGAAAAUAUUGUUGGACCAGUUGAAACAAAAGUCCCUAGUAAUACCUCCCAGUUUUCAGGAAAAACUGUCUUAGCAUCUGUGAUAAGCAGGAAAGAUUUCGUGCUUCAGAUGCCCCCCAAACAAUCAUCAAAGGACUAUUUAACCACAACUGUUGCCAAUUCCAAUGAUCUAACCCAGUUUGAAACCAUUCAAGGAAAGCAUUAUGAAGAACUAAAUAAAACUGAAGGAAAAAAAACUGAAAUGGAGCCAUUUUCUAAAGGAUGUACUGUUGCGGCCAAAUACUGCCCAAUGGAAACAGAGCCAGGAAAAACCCAAAAACUGUAUUCAAGUACCUUCAGUAAAAAUGUGUCAAAUACCACUCCAUCUUGUGCUGAUCCUAGGGUAUCAAAUAUCAAGACACAAAAACAAAACAAAUCUACUAACAGCAUUAGUGGGACAUCUACUAUAAUAACAUCUAACAAAAACAGUAUCUCGGAACAGGAACUCAUUCAUGAUUUAGUACAAGAUGUAACCGAUAGAGAAAUUACUUUUGCAGUAAUAAAAAAGCCAUCUGAUCAGGUUAGCUCUCCCUUUUUUCUUAGCAAACCUAAUGCUGAUUCAUCUGCCACAAUAUUUAGCUCCCAUAUGAAAUCAAGCAAUUUACCAUCAGCAACAAUAGUUAACCAAACAACUUUAGAAAAAGAUGAGAAUCUUGGCAAGGCAGAAAGUAAACUCUGUUCUAAUAGAAUAGAGGACAGCAUCUACAAUAUUUUUGGGCCAAAGAAGAAGUUUAAAUCAGUUAUCCAGAAGCCACUUCCAAAAAAUACGUCAGCACAUAGUGCUUUAAUGGAAGCUAUUAAAAACUCAGCAGGAAAAGACAAGCUCCGAAAGAUUUCACACAGUACUGUAAGUGGAAGUCCGAAAGAGUCAAAGUUCAUGGAAACAGAGGCUGAGCGUUCAGCUCUUUUGGCAUCUAUUAGAGGGCACAGUGGAGUCUCAGUAUUAAGAAAGGUUUCUUCAUUUGCUUCUGCUGAGUUGCAGAGAUUCCGAAAUGCAGAAGAAGUUUUGAAGAAUAAGAGCAACUCUACAAAAGAACAACAAUAUGGUCCUCCACCACCACCUCCUUUGCCAUUAUCUCAUGCACAGUUGAGAAUGAAAAAAACCCAUUCUCUUCCAAGAAUGACAGACAGCCCAGGGAAUUCAAGGCAGGCCUUAAUGGAAGCAAUCCGCUCAGGAGCUGGGAAAGCACAUUUAAGAAAGGUGCCUCUGUGUGAAAAUUAG